AUGGUAAACAUAGUCCAGCACUGGACCUGUGCAAAAUCAGUGAAGAUUGCCAUUGACACAGGAUACCGGCACAUUGAUGGGGCCUACAUCUACCAAAAUGAGCAUGAAGUGGGGGAGGCCAUCAGGGAGAAGAUAGCAGAAGGAAAGGUGCAGAGGGAGGAUAUUUUCUACUGUGGAAAGCUGUGGGCUACAAAGCAUGACCCAGAGAUGGUCCGCCCAACCCUGGAGAAGACACUUAGUGUCCUCCAGCUAGAUUAUGUGGAUCUUUACAUCAUUGAAAUACCCAUGGCUUUCAAGCCUGGAGAUGAAAUCUACCCUAAAGAUGAGAAUGGCAAAUGGUUAUAUCACAAGUCAAAUCUGUGUGCCACUUGGGAGGCUUUGGAAGCUUGCAAAGAUGCUGGCUUGGUGAAAUCCCUUGGAGUUUCCAAUUUUAACCGCAGGCAGCUGGAGCUCAUCUUGAACAAACCAGGACUCAAACAUAAGCCAGUCAGCAACCAGGUACAGUUUGACAGGAG